UCGUCUCCGAGCUUCCAAGCGACACUUCUUUUCCUCUCUGAUCGCGCUCCAAAGCGAGGGCGCUCAUCUCCCGAGCCGCCAGCCAAGCUGGCCACCAAGUGCUACCGCCACUGCACGGCCUACCGACCGCCGCCGCGCCUCUCUCGCGUCAUCUCCACCGCCGCGCCGUCAUGCCCACCUCCAUCCCAUCCGUCUCAAGCCCUCGGCCUCCUCCUGGCCGGUCACCCGCACCCUGCCGUCGCCCAGUUCCCGCGCGCCGGCUUCUCCCACCUCGCCGACACCCCGCUCCUCGCGCGCGCCAUCCACGGGCUCGUCCUCCGCCGCGCGCUGCCGCUCAGCUCCUUCCAUGGCAACACCCUCCUCGCCUUCUACUUCCGCCGGGGUCGGUCCUCCGCGGACGCCGCGCUCCACCUGUUCGACGCAAUGCCGGACGACCACCGGACCCCGUCUUCCUGGUACACCGCCAUCUCCGGCUGCGUCCGGUGCGGCCGCGACUCCACGGCGUUUAGCAUGCUGCGGGGCAUGCGCGAGCGCGGGGUCCCACUCAGCGGGUUUGCGCUCGCCAGCCUCGUCACUGCCUGCGAGCGCUGGGAAGAGGGACGCGCAUGCGGGGCCGCUAUCCACGCACUCACACAAAAGGCUGGACUCAUGGUUAAUGUGUACAUCGGGACAGCGCUCCUGCACCUUUACGGCUCACAGAAGCACGUGCUGGACGCGCAGAGGUUGUUCUGGGAGAUGCCCGAGCGAAAUGUCGUGUCAUGGACGGCGCUGAUGGUGGCUUUGUCGUCGAAUGGGCACCUGGAAGAGGCAUUGGGAUAUUAUCGCCGGAUGAGGCGGGAACGCAUCGCGUGCAAUGCAAAUGCGUUUGCGACGGUGGUCAGCUUGUGUGGGUCUCUCGAGGAUGAGGUGGCCGGGCUCCAGGUGUUUUCCCAUGUCAUAGUUUCUGGCCUACAAAGGCAAGUCUCUGUAGCAAAUUCACUGAUUAGCAUGCUUGGGAACUUGGGAAGGGUGCAUGAUGCUGAGAAGCUCUUUUAUCGAAUGGAGGAACGUGACACAGUAUCCUGGAAUGCUCUUGUAUCGAUGUACUCACACGAAGGACUUUGCAGCAAAAGCUUUCGGGUAUUUUCAGAUAUGCGCCGUGGAGGAUUGUUAAGGCAUGAUGCAACUACUUUGUGCAGCCUGAUAUCUGUUUGUGCCUCUUCAGAUUAUGUCAGCUAUGGAAGCGGAGUUCAUUCCCUUUGUCUCAGGACUGGUCUACAUUCUUAUAUUCCCGUCGUUAAUGCCCUGGUUAAUAUGUAUUCUUCUGCUGGAAAGUUGGCUGAUGCCGAAUUUCUGUUCUGGAACAUGAGCAGAAGGGAUCUCAUAUCGUGGAAUACUAUGAUUUCGUCCUAUGUGCAGAAUGGUAAUAACAUGGAUGCGUUGAAGACGCUAGGUCAGUUACUUCAUACUAAUGAAGGUCCAGAUCGCAUGACAUUUUCCAGUGCUCUAGGAGCAUGUUCAAGUCCAGGAGCGUUGAUGGAUGGUAGAAUGGUUCAUGCCAUGACAUUGCAGUUAAGUCUUCACCACAAUUUACUGGUUGGUAAUUCUCUCAUCACGAUGUAUGGGAAAUGCAAUUCCAUCGAAGAUGCUGAGAGAAUAUUUCAGUUGAUGCCAAAUCAUGAUGUUGUUAGUUGCAACAUACUUAUUGGUAGCUAUGCUGUGCUUGAGGAUGGUACCAAGGCAAUGCAAGUAUUUUUUUGGAUGAGACGUGGUGAAGUAAAGCUGAAUUACAUAACAAUAGUAAAUAUCCUAGGUUCAUUCACAUCUUCAAAUGAUUUGCGUAAUUAUGGAUUGCCCCUGCACGCAUACACAAUACAUGCUGGAUUCUUAUCAGAUGACUAUGUUAGUAACUCUCUAAUAACGAUGUAUGCAAAGUGUGGUGAUUUGGAAUCAAGCAAUAAUGUAUUCCAAAGAAUCAUCAACAGAAGUGUUGUUUCCUGGAAUGCUAUGAUAGCAGCGAAUGUUCAACAUGGCCAUGGAGAGGAAUCCCUAAAGCUCUUCAUGGAUAUGCGGCAUGAUGGAAACGGUCUUGAUCACAUUUGUCUAGCUGAAUGUAUGUCUUCCAGUGCAAGCUUGGCAUCACUAGAAGAAGGCAUGCAGCUACACGGUCUUGGUCUGAAGUGUGGGCUGGGCAAUGACAGUCAUGUGGUUAAUGCUGCAAUGGAUAUGUACGGGAAAUGUGGGAAGAUGGAUGAAAUGUUGAAAAUGCUUCCUGAUCCUGCCAUUCGACCUCAGCAGUGCUGGAAUACAUUGAUAUCAGGCUAUGCAAGAUAUGGAUAUUUCAAGGAAGCUGAGGAGACAUUUAAGCAUAUGAUUUCGGUGGGGCGAACACCAGAUUAUGUAACAUUUGUCACUCUCCUCUCAGCUUGUAGUCAUGCUGGUCUAGUAGACAAGGGUAUUGAUUACUAUAAUUCUAUGUCUUCUGUAUUUGGUGUCUCCCCUGGAAUAAAGCACUGCGUUUGCAUUGUUGAUAUCCUUGGGCGUUUAGGGCGAUUUGCCGAGGCAGAGAAAUUCAUUGAAGACAUGCCAGUCUUACCAAAUGAUCUAAUAUGGCGGAGUUUGUUGUCCUCCAGUAGAACUCACAAAAAUCUGGAUAUUGGGAGGAAAGCCGCGAAGAGACUCCUUGAAUUGGAUCCUUUUGAUGACUCAGCUUAUGUUCUUCUGUCGAACUUAUAUGCUACAAGUGCAAGAUGGUCGGAUGUUGACAGAGUAAGAAGUCACAUGAAGACCAUCAAUUUAAAUAAAAUACCUGCUUGCAGCUGGCUUAAGCAGAAGAAAGAAGUAAGCACCUUUGGUAUUGGUGAUCAUAGUCAUAAGCAUGCAGAUAAGAUCUACAUGAAACUAGAUGAAAUCUUGCUGAAGCUCAGGGAGGUAGGUUAUGUUGCUGAUACCUCAUCUGCACUGCAUGACACGGAUGAGGAGCAAAAAGAGCAGAAUCUUUGGAACCACAGCGAGAAGCUUGCAUUGGCAUAUGGCCUUAUCACUGUUCCUGAAGGAUGUACAGUAAGGAUAUUCAAGAAUCUCAGGGUCUGUGCAGACUGCCAUUUGGUAUUUAAGCUGGUCAGCAUGGUAUUUGACCGGGAAAUUGUGCUGAGAGAUCCCUAUAGGUUCCACCAUUUCAAAGGCGGCUCAUGCUCCUGUUCAGAUUUUUGGUGAGAUAGAUCAAUGUGUAAAUUGUAUAGACUACAGAGAUAAGUGGUGGAGCAAAAAAGAAUUAUUUCAGUGGGCACGUCUACAAUUAUGAACCUACAAGAUGAGUUCUAUGCUCAAAAUCUCAAUAUUGCCACUAAAUGCUGUUGCCAACCUGUUUGAUCAUGGUUCUUGGUCCAAAUUAAUAGUGAUAUAUGGAAUCCGAAGAAGCAAAGCUCUUAAAGAAAUAUCUAAUAGGACUGACACAGCCAACACAGAUGCAGGUUAAGAUUACCAUUUAUCACUUUGAUGAUUAGUAAAAAAGUGCAUCAGGGAUCCGCUCGUGUUCUAUUUAUAACCAAUUAUCAUCUGGAGUCAACCAGCAGUAGAAGAUUCAUGACAUGAUAUUUUGUGCAUCUACUGAACAUGAGCACUGCAUCAUAUCCCAACCAUAUCUUGCCGCAAUUGAAUUCAUCUGGUGUGAUCAACUUCCUGGGAGCUUUCCAGAUAGCCAUUGGAUGCAGAACCAGAAUGAUUGUCCCAGAUGCCUUUUAUUUGUCAGAGAAGACUUUUUGGUUAUUUAGGCUAUUACUGUUCUCUGGUUCAGACAAAAUUCAAGGGUACUGGUUGCUCGCAUUUCACCACUGUUUUGCUGUUCUUCUGGUUCCUAGUACCUGCUCUAUGUGAUUCAGGUCAGAGAAAGAGGGAAGAAACAAAGGAUGCCGAAAUCAUCCUUCUGUUUAUCACACAUGCAUUCCAGCCGGGGACACGUGAGAAGGUACCUAUCAGCGGCCUUUUUUCCCCAUACGACACAAAAUUGUUUUGGGUUCCACUAUUUAAGAGGAUGGAACAAAAUAGAUCCAGGUUCAAAAACAAAACAAAAAGAUCGGUGAAGCAGUUCUGCACAUAUAUGUUAUGCCGAGGACUAAUAACACACAGAGGAACUUGCCGUUACAAAUGACUAAAGGAUGCUGAACAACUAGAAAACAGACAGAUCCCAGCUACCAUUUUUCCAACAGAGGAGCAACCUGGCAGCCACCAACAUUGUUUCAACCGGAUCCAGGAAAGAGGUCUCCAUCUUCAGAAUCACCUGCCGCGUAAUGGUCCUCCAUUCGGCGCUGCACUAUUGUCACCUUUGAUCAUCCUUGUCCUACAUCCUAGAGUUUAGCUGCACGAGCCUGCUGCAUAGUAUCUUUUUCUUCUCCAGUCUAUAAACCUGCCCAGCAUUUUAGGACGCAGCAAGCAUAACAAAUCAGCUCAGCAGUUGAUAUUAUGGGCUUCUUUCCAAUUUCCAAAGCAUGCUUGUUUCUGAGUUUCCAAGUAGCGCAACAUAGAUUAGCCAAACUCACUAUAUUUAAAUUACAUCUGCCCAGCAAAAAGGAAGAGAUCCACCUGUGCCCGGUAAUACUGAUUAAAUCUAAUAGGGCCACCCAUCCCUAAAUGAACUUAAGCUGCCCCCACACUCAAACAACAGAUGAUUUCUCCUCUGUUACUGGGAGAUUGUUCCCUGUUUCAUUUUCAACUUAGCUGCCCCCACACUCAAAAGAAUGGAUUCUUCUUCGAAGCAGAAUCUACAGAUGUCAUCACCCAUGUUAUCCUUGGUAGCAAUGGCAGAUCAACCAGAGCCUUAAUUGCACAGAGCAGAGAGUACUCCCAAGAGCCAGUAGCACCUAUCAGCGGCCGGCCAUGGUCGCCUCGGAGGAAGUAAUUGACCGCCUUAACUUGGUUUGACACCUCUGCUAGUAGCUUGCUGCUUGAGGCUCUGUUUGUUUGGAGUUCUGCUUCAGCUUUUGGUGCUUUUAGCACUUUUGAGAUUGCUAGAAGCACCACAAGCUGAAGCAGAAGCCCAAACAAACAGGUCCUAACUCCACUACUACUGUGCCUUGCGUGCAGCGGUGGCAGUAGUACAACACACGCCUUCCCCAUUACCGUGUCAACAAUCAAUGCCUGUGGCCUGCCUAGUCGAUCGCAUCGCCGGGUUUGCUUCAGCGGGCAGUAAUCUAACUAAUCAGUGGGUGGUGCAGUGGUGGCACCGGCCGGCGCUGCCGCGCUCGCAUUUACGCGGCGUGUCCUGGUUGGGCGGUUCAUGUACUAUGUACUCCAACUGUAGAUAUGUGUAGUCUUCGCUCGAUUCCUCCAAUUUAGAGCCGGUCAGGUGGACUCUACUCUUCUGUCGAGCGUUUUUUCCUUCUGUACUGUAGUUCUGUUGCAGUUUUUUGCAAUGAUGUGCUGUUCUGAGAUGAGCUUUUUUUUAGUUCUUUUUUAAACCUCUGAGAUUUUAGAGGAACAGCGUGCUUAUAUAUGUUAAAAAUAUGAAAAUGGAACAUCAUGCUUAUGUCAUAA